AUGCCUACAUCUUUCUCAUUAUUCAACACUCCAAAAUCGAAAUCGAAACCUUCGACCUCUUCCUCUAAAUCGAAUUUCGAAUUCAAAUAUGAACAAACCUCAGAUAUCAUGACAAAGUCAACUUCCAGUACUGAGGUUACGAGCGGCAGUUCGAUUUCAUCGCCAGUUGUGAUUCCUACUCGAGGUCACCACGAUAGUUUCAAGAAUGGUUUAGCAUUUGAGCCAAGAAAGGAUCGUCGUCAAACUACCAAAAAGUACCCGACACGGUCAGGUCGUCGCCCUCACGAUGUCUGUUCGCCAGAUGCAAUUUCUCCCUCUGUCGCCGCCUUGCUGGCAAUCACCGCCAUUCCGCGUCCCAAAUCAUACAACGGUGUUCGCAGACAGGCUACGUCUAGGCAAAGGUUGACAGUGGAUGCCAUAUUACAACAUACUGCUGUUUCGGAGAAAGAACUGAGUAUAACAUUUGGUAUGAGUCCCAUGGAGUUAUUGUUAAGUCCUCCAGAAAAAACCGAUUCGAUCGAUUGUUGCAGUUCGGAGAAUGGUCCGGGAUCAGUGUUCUCGAGUAGGACUACAUCGAGCGAGUCUGUACCAUCGUUGGAUGAUGCUUCCCUCAGUGAUGCAUCAACUACACCAGGCUCAAUUUUAACACCGAGUUCACGAGGGAGAAGGUCUCUGCCAACCCGGAGGUAUCAACCAACAUUUUCGGGCGAAGCUACUUUGCACGACCAUCCUUUAUCAGAUGUUGAUGUUGAAGAACUCGACUUUAGAGUCUUCCAGCGAGCUUCAGAUUUAUCCAAGGAUCAACAACCUAUCGCUGGUGUCGAACCCCCGCGUCGCAAAUCCGCUUUCAAAUCAAACUUAACUGCAUCGUUGCGAGCUUUGAGGUCUGCGGCAAAAUCAUUUUCGAGUCUCACAACACCUAUGAUUACACCCGAUGAUUUCCUUACAAGAUCUAUCAUGUCAAUUGACCCGAAAGUUCCAUUUACGGAUGAAAGGAUGCCACCUUUACUGGUUGACACACCUACUCCAGCACUACGUCGUUAUCUCAACCCCACGACAAAUGCACCCACGGAUGCACAUGUGCUAACAUCUCUCACCCAAACAAUGAGUGCUACAAAAUGUACAGCAUCCAUACAGAUGCAAACUUACAAGGUAUCCAAGUCUUCAAAAGGUUCUUCGCCAACUGGAUUCAACAGGCGCAGACAAGAAGAUUCCGAGCAAGGUUUUGCCGAGGUCGCAACUGGUCCAGUCGCACGUCAACGCGAUAUGAGGGAAAAUAGCGACUUUAUCCGAAUUGCGGUCAUGGAAAUGGCAAUGCGAAAAAAUGGCAAGUUGGACGACCGCAAGCCAGGAAGAGCGAGAUGGGCUCUGCCACCCAGACGGGCACCUAGCAAACCCUACGAAAUUGGGGACGAUGGAGUUCCUCUUCGAUGGACUGCACUUACUUACUAA